GUUCUGCUUAACAGCAGCUGGCAGCCCAAGCUGUGCGACUUCGGCUUGGCCAAGAUCCGGGAACAGACAGCAUUGCAGACAACGCUCCGUGGAGUCUCCCCCAUCUGGGCGCCGCCGGAAAUUUUCGAUGACAAGGGCGGAGGUGUGACCGAGAAGGUUGAUGUUUACUCCUUUGGGGUCAUCCUCUUUGAGCUCUCGACACGGAAGCUCCCUUACGCU